UCGUGGGCUCCACCAGUGACGAAGCCACUGGAGUUUUGACGUGGCUGCUACGUACCUGCCCGUUUGCCCACUCCGAUUGCAGCAAAGUUGGUGACGAGAAAUACGUAACUGGUAAGUACUCAGCUGGAGAAUAAUAACAACCGGGCAUGGACCACUGCACUUACGAUACAUCCGAAAUGCUGCCGAAACAAUUAGCAUUUCAUUUCGUGAGAUCAGCAGAGACAGUUUUACGUCUGCUAUGGAAUAUGCCGUAAAAUAUGGCGCCUUAAGAAAGAUGUACGAAUUUCUUGAAAAGGGCAAUGGGGGUUACGUGACGAUUCUGACAUCUCUUUUCACUGCUAAUCAACACCAGGGAACACUGAUUGGUACAAUCUCAGCCACGUUGAACCGUGUUUCUCCUUUCUUACGACAUCUGGCCCUUCGUUCACGGUUUAAGGUUCCCAGGCUAUGGAAAGUAUGGUUGAGGAAAAUGGAUCAGCCGUUGACCCAUUAUCUACGGGUUCUCAAAGUGGCGAUGCUGCCCCAGCAAUAGCUACAUCGGUACAAUCUCUCAAUAGAACACAUCAGCAGCAAACUCAUCAUCUGGUAGCUUCGACCAGCAUUGUGCAAUUGACGCUACCUUCGUCAGGAACAACACAGGUACAGUCUGUUAUACAACCUAAUCAACAGUCAGUCAUUCAGACUGCAACAAAUAUCCAGCCUGUUGCUAUUUCAAAAGGAAACGUCAUUCUUGUUAGUAAACCUAAUUCUGUUAUUCAAACAGCUCAAGCAAGCUUGCAAACACUUCAGGUGGUCGAGACUGGUAGUGAUGAUAGUUUUUCAGACUCUGAAGAAUCUCCAGAGCAGAGAGGAGGUAUUCUUACCAGACGACCAUCCUAUAAGAAAAUUCUUAAUGACUUAGGAGGUGGUGAAAUUACAGACGGUCGAUUGCCCCCCCUAGAAUCAUCUUCUGAGUGUGAUUCUAACGUGGACAGUGAAGUGUCUUCCCACUCUCUCCAUUAUCAGACAGUAAUUCCAGCUGGUACUAUCCAAAUUGCAACCCAAGGAGAGGGCGUACCAGGACUUCAUUCAUUAACUAUGAGCAAUGCAGCAACUGCUGGUGGUGCAAUAGUGCAGUAUGCGCAGGGUCAAGAUACACAAUUCUUCGUCCCAGCCUCUGGCAAUGUUCCAGCUUACACAGGACACGGUGUUGUAGUAGAGGACGCAGCUAGAAAAAGAGAGCAAAGGUUGCUUAAGAAUAGACAAGCAGCGCGGGAAUGUAGAAGGAAAAAGAAGGAGUAUAUAAAGUGUUUAGAAAAUCGUGUUGCAAUAUUGGAGAACAGAAAUCAGACAUUAAUAGAAGAACUAAAAUCGUUAAAACAACUAUGCGAACCGAAAACUGACUGAGGUUGGUGUUCAAUGUUAAGACACUGUAUCAAAACGAUUAUCCAGCUACAAAACCUUGUACAUGUCUUCUUUGUGUACAUUAUCCUAAACGUUGUUAGGUAAGCGAUGGUGAUGUACAUGCAUUCUUAUAAAUAAGUGUUUCUGUAACAUAUUGUAUUUAAGUGCGAAUACAAAGGCUUGUGAAACUUGCUAUUACUAAAGCGAGAAGCCAAAGGUAUAAUGAAGAUACAAAGGCAGCAAACUUAUAGGCAAUAUUCAGGAAGUCAAUCUAUAUUUUGGAUAAACUAAUCGAUCAUAAAACAAAUUCAUGUUAAUGUUCAUAUGUUCGAAGUAACUGUUGGUAAUGAGAAACAGCAAACAUAAAUUAAUGUUCAAAACGUAUUCAUUUAGAUUGCAGUGACUAUGUAACAUUGAAGAGUACAGUGGGUUCUGUUUCAACCUAUACAUGAAUAUGGUAUUCGUGUAGUUUCGCUCUACUUUAGGAACCUUUUCAUUAGUAAAAGUUCGAGAGUUAUUAAAAAGGAUAUAAGAGAAUACGUUUACCAAUAGUCAAUUUGUAAACGAAAUAAUUGGUCGCUAAUAACGAAUACUUCGGAGAAUCGCCUUAUACAUAAUGUUUGCUAAUGUAAUUUAGAAACGUUUAGAUACAGCUGCAAUUUAAAAAAAACACAUAGUUUUCAUGUAAGAAAAAGUUAUAUUUGUUAGAUGAAACAGAUGUUUAUAAUUCUUUUUUUUUGUCAAUGUCUUUAUUUUUUGUACUUGAAGAAGACAAAACUGGUGUAAAGGAAAAAAGAGAGAAUGCACGAAUCUAUUACAAGUUUAUAAAACUUGUAAAAUACGUAUGAUUGAUAAAGUUGAAGAUGUUUGUAAAUAGAUCAAAAUUUUACUGAUUUGAUCAUUGCUGCUGUAACAUGUAUGUGUAUAAAGGGCCGCCUCGGUAUAAUUUAUACUGUAGGAAACUAUGCUCUAGGAAAGCACUAAUUCAAAGCGCUCUCGUCUGAUUUUACUUUCUAUCUUAAGAUGCCUCAAGUGCGAAAAAAGUGAAGAACAGAAUUUGUAAAAUAUGAAUGUAAUAUAUAUCUGGAGUGCCUUGAAGAUCGCGUAUUAAACAUACACAAACACACUACCUAUAAAAUAUGUUUUAGGUAAAUAUGGGUACAUACAAUAUUUUUAAAUGAUAUAUCACGUUACACUUUUAUGUCCUGCGUAAAAGAUCAUACGGUUACGUUGAUAUUUGAACUUUUAUUCUCGUAAAUUCAAUGGAAAAUUAAAUAAUAACAUUCGAACAAUUGUUGUUAGUUUACGCAGUGUACUGUAAAUUACACGCAAAUGUAAUUGAAUUAAUUUUAUAUCAGAAUAGAAAGAAAUGAAUUUAUUAAAGUCAAAUGUUUUCAUACAACUUUCGAAUUUUGUAAAAGAAUCUUUUCAUUGUGUAUUCCACACAUAUUUACCAUUAUAGAAACCAAUUAUUCUCUAAUGCAUUUUUCCUUAUACAAUGGAUAUUCUAUGACCUAGGUAUGAAAACUAUUUAAUGUAUAAUUUUAAUUGUUAUAUGUUUAUAAAAAAUAUAAAUUUCAUAUAUUGAAAAUUCAGUUUGAUCAUUCAAUUAUAUAGUAGAAAUUGCUUUAUAUUUUCAAAUAUCAGUAUUGAUAAGUCUUUAAAAGAUCAUAAUUUUGUUUUGAAUGCUUAUUAUUUGUAUAACAAUAAUAAUUACUAAUUUAUAUAAAAUAAGGUAAUGAGAUUGGUUUGCGUGUUUUCCAUACUUGCAUUAUUCUCUUCUUACCGCUUGUAUAUUUUUCUUUACAAAUUUUAACAUGAAUGAUCAGACUGGAAAUAUCUUUUUUGUAACUAGCUACAGAAUGUUUCAAUUUGUUUCUUGGAAAUUUUUUUAAUAAAUAUUACUCUAUAUUCUUCUUAUACAUGCUUGAUGUGUAAUUUACAAUUAUACAGUCUUUACCAAAUUGGAAGCUAGAUUAUUUAUGAAUUUUUCUCGAUAAAGUCAAAGUACAAUGUUCUUAUAGUAACAUGUUAUGAAACAAAAACGAUUCAUUGUAAAUUUCGUUUUCCUUAUAUAUUAAAAUUUUAUUUGUGAUUACCGAUGAUCCUUACACUUUCAUCUGUGUUCUAAUGUUAAUUAUUUGUAAGAUAUAUGUAUAUCUUGAUUGCUGCACCGAUAUUACGAAACAUUGUAUAUAGAUAAUAUAUGUAUUUUUACAUAUCAUCUGCCUUUAAAAAAUAUAGUUCAUAAACCUCUUAAAAAGUAGUAUUAUUCCAUGAAUAACGUGUAGUAAAAUAAAGAAGAGAAAUAUAAAUGAAAUAACAUGAUUUUAUUUUAAUAAUUUAAUUUUUAUAUUUAAUACAAUAUAGAUUAUAUACAAAUAAUUUAUAGAAUUUUAUGUAUAAUAUAUAUGUG